GAGACAUUACCCAGAAGGGGUAUGAGAAGAAAAGGGCAAAGCUGUUGGCUCCGUAUAUCCCACAGACCCAAGGGGUUGAUCCAGGUUUGCAAAAGGAACCACGCAAUCAGACACCUGCUCCGUCUGCAGCUCCAGCAACAUCCUCCUCCAAGUAUCACCGGGCACGCUCUGGGGGAGCCAGAGAUGAACGCUAUCGGUCUGACAUCCAUACAGAGGCAGUACAAGCAGCAUUGGCAAAGCACAAGGAACAGAAGAUGGCCCUGCCCAUGCCAACCAAAAGACGAUCCACAUUUGUGCAGUCUCCUGCUGAUACCUGCACUCCUCCAGACACGUCUUCUGCGUCCGAAGAUGAAGGGUCGCUCAGGCGCCAGGCUGCUCUAUCUGCUGCAUUGCAUCAGAGCUUACAGAAUGCUGAGUCAUGGAUCAACCGAUCUAUUCAGGGGUCAUCCACAUCUUCAUCAGCAUCUUCUACACUAUCCCAUGGAGAAGGCAAAGGGACCAGUGGGUCACUAGCUGAUGUAUUUGCCAAUACUCGAAUAGAAAAUUUCUCAGUUCCCCCAGAUGUUACAGCAACUACCUCCACACCAGCUUCCUCUGUACGCCCAUCUGCUAUUGACCUGCCUCCAUCGGGAAUAGUGAAGGGCAUGCACAAAGCCUCUAACCGGUCCAGCCUUAUGGACACAGCUGAUGGUGUCCCUGUAAGUAGCAGAGUCUCCACGAAAAUUCAGCAGCUGCUCAAUACUCUAAAGCGACCCAAACGGCCACCCCUGAAGGAAUUUUUUGUGGAUGAUUUUGAAGAAAUUGUUGAAGUUCCACAGCCAGACCCGAAUCAACCCAAGCCAGAAGGACGCCAGAUGACACCCGUGAAGGGUGAGCCCCUGGGAGUUGUAUGCAAUUGGCCUCCUGCCCUGGAAGCAGCUCUGCAGCGCUGGGGAACCACACAGGCCAAAUGCUCUUGUCUGACAGCCCUGGAUGUCACUGGGAAGCCUGUCUACACCUUGACGUAUGGCAAGCUGUGGAGCAGAAGCCUGAAGCUGGCCUACACGUUGCUAAAUAAACUGGGCACCAAAAAUGAACCUGUUCUGAAACCUGGGGAUAGAGUAGCCCUUGUUUACCCCAACAAUGACCCUGUUAUGUUCAUGGUGGCAUUCUAUGGCUGUUUGCUGGCAGAAGUCAUCCCAGUGCCAAUUGAAGUACCUCUAACCCGAAAGGAUGCUGGAGGCCAACAGAUUGGAUUUCUGCUGGGCAGCUGUGGCAUCGCUUUGGCCCUCACCACAGAGGUUUGCCUAAAGGGUCUCCCUAAAACACAGAAUGGAGAGAUUGUGCAGUUCAAAGGUUGGCCUAGGCUCAAGUGGGUGGUAACGGAUUCCAAGUACCUCUCCAAAUCACCAAAGGACUGGCAGCCCAACAUUUCAAAUGCAGGGACUGAACCAGCUUACAUCGAGUACAAGACGAGCAAGGAAGGGAGCGUGAUGGGUGUAACGGUGUCCCGAAUAGCCAUGUUGUCUCAUUGCCAGGCUCUGUCUCAGGCCUGCAACUAUUCUGAAGGUGAAACCAUAGUGAAUGUCCUGGAUUUCAAGAAGGAUGCCGGCUUGUGGCAUAGCAUGUUAACAAGUGUAAUGAACAAGCUGCAUACUAUCAGCGUGCCCUAUUCUGUGAUGAAAACCUGCCCUCUUUCUUGGGUACAGAGAGUUCACACUCACAAAGCUAGAGUAGCUCUGGUGAAAUGUCGAGAUUUGCACUGGGCUAUGAUGGCCCAUCGGGACCAAAGAGAUGUCAGCUUAAGUUCCCUGCGAAUGCUGAUUGUAACUGAUGGUGCUAACCCUUGGUCUGUGUCCUCCUGCGAUGCAUUCUUGAGUUUGUUCCAGAGCCAUGGGCUUAAACCAGAGGCAAUAUGCCCUUGCGCAACAUCUCCUGAAGCCAUGACGGUAGCCAUUCGGAGGCCUGGUGUUCCUGGAGCACCCUUGCCUGGAAGAGCCAUCCUAUCAAUGAAUGGGUUGAGUUAUGGUGUCAUCCGAGUGAAUACAGAAGAUAAGAAUUCUGCUCUCACCGUGCAGGAUGUUGGUCAUGUGAUGCCAGGAGGAAUGAUGUGCAUAGUGAAGCCUGAUGGCCCUCCCCAACUCUGCAAGACGGAUGAAAUUGGGGAAAUCUGUGUCAGCUCCAGAACGGGAGGGAUGAUGUAUUAUGGGCUAACUGGAGUAACUAAAAACACAUUUGAGGUCAUCCCUGUGAAUUCAGCUGGCUCUCCUGUGGGCGAUGUACCGUUCGUGCGCUCUGGCUUGCUGGGCUUUGUCGGACCUGGUAGCCUGGUGUUUGUUGUUGGGAAAAUAGAUGGACUGCUGCUUGUUAGUGGACGCAGACAUAAUGCCGAUGACAUUGUGGCCACUGGAUUGGCAGUUGAAUCUAUAAAGACAGUUUACAGAGGAAGGAUUGCAGUGUUCUCUGUGACUGUGUUCUACGAUGAGAGGAUUGUGGUGGUUGCCGAACAGCGGCCUGAUGCUUCCGAAGAGGACAGUUUUCAGUGGAUGAGCCGAGUGCUACAGGCGAUUGACAGCAUUCACCAAGUGGGAGUAUAUUGCCUCGCUCUUGUUCCAGCCAAUACUUUGCCAAAAACUCCUCUAGGAGGGAUCCAUAUAUCUCAGACCAAACAACACUUCCUAGAGGGGUCACUCCACCCAUGUAACAUCCUCAUGUGCCCCCAUACAUGCGUAACCAACCUUCCAAAACCUCGGCAAAAACAACCAGGUGUCGGUCCUGCCUCUGUGAUGGUGGGGAAUCUGGUUGCCGGGAAACGCAUCGCACAGGCCUCUGGGAGGGACCUUGGACAGAUAGAAGAGAAUGACUUAGUGAGAAAGCAUCAGUUCCUCUCGGAGGUGCUCCAGUGGAGAGCUCAAGCAACACCGGAGCACAUGCUUUUCCUUCUGCUCAAUGCCAAGGGAGCCCCAGUGUGCACAGCCACCUGCCUGCAGCUGCACAAGCGGGCUGAACGAAUCGCAUCGAUUCUGUUUGAAAAGGGACACCUCAAUGCUGGUGACAAUGUGGUGCUGCUCUACCCUCCUGGCAUUGAGCUCAUUGCAGCAUUCUAUGGCUGCUUGUACGCUGGCUGCAUCCCAGUUACCGUCCGGCCUCCACACGCUCAGAACCUCACUGCCACUUUGCCCACCGUGCGGAUGAUUGUAGAUGUCAGCAAAGCUGCCUGUAUUCUCACCAGUCAGACCUUGAUGAGGCUACUGAGAUCCAGAGAGGCAGCAAGUGCUGUCGAUGUGAAAACCUGGCCAACCAUCAUUGACACAGAUGAUUUGCCCAGGAAGCGGCUACCUCAGGUCUACAAGCCACCAACCCCAGAAAUGUUGGCAUACCUGGAUUUCAGUGUUUCCACAACAGGGAUGCUUACAGGAGUAAAGAUGUCCCAUGCAGCAGUCAGUGCCCUCUGUAGAGCCAUAAAGCUGCAGUGUGAACUGUACUCCUCACGGCAGAUCGCCAUCUGUUUAGAUCCCUAUUGUGGUCUGGGCUUUGCACUUUGGUGCCUUUGCAGUGUGUAUUCUGGUCACCAGUCCAUCUUAAUUCCUCCUAUGGAGUUGGAAUCCAACCUUUUCCUGUGGCUCUCCACUGUUAGCCAGUACAAAAUACGGGACACUUUCUGUUCCUAUUCCGUCAUGGACAUGUGUACAAAGGGGCUUGGGAACCAAGUUGAUGUAUUAAAGGCAAGAGGCAUUAACCUGUCAGGUGUCCGGACCUGCGUGGUGGUGGCAGAGGAGCGUCCACGGGUGGCUCUUACUCACUCCUUCUCCAAGCUGUUCAAGGACAUUGGCUUGUCAUAUCGUGCAGUCAGCACCACCUUUGGGUCAAGAGUCAAUGUAGCAAUCUGUUUACAGGGAACCUCAGGGCCUGAUCCCACCACAGUAUAUGUGGAUCUGAAGUCCUUAAGACACGACAGAGUCCGGCUAGUUGAAAGAGGUGCUCCCCAGAGCCUGCUGCUUUCCGAGUCAGGCAAGAUACUGCCUGGAGUCAAAGUGAUCAUUGUUAAUCCUGAGACUAAAGGACCUGUUGGAGACUCUCACCUUGGAGAGAUCUGGGUGAAUAGUCCCCACACUGCCAGUGGUUACUAUACCAUCUAUGAUAAUGAAACCCUCCAAGCAGAUCAUUUCAACACCCGCCUGAGCUUUGGUGAUGCUGCCCAUACUCUGUGGGCACGAACAGGGUACCUCGGCUUUGUACGCCGAACAGAACUCACAGCUGCCAGUGGAGAACGCCAUGAUGCACUAUAUGUCGUAGGAGCAUUGGAUGAGACUCUGGAACUACGUGGGUUGCGUUAUCAUCCAAUUGACAUCGAGACCUCAGUUUCUCGGACACACAGAAGCAUAGCUGAAUGUGCUGUUUUCACAUGGACCAACUUACUCGUGGUCGUUGUGGAGCUAUGUGGCUGUGAGCAAGAGGCCCUUGAUCUGGUCCCUCUGGUCACCAACGUGGUUCUGGAAGAACAUUAUCUGAUUGUGGGAGUUGUGGUGGUGGUUGAUCCUGGGGUGAUCCCCAUCAAUUCCAGAGGAGAGAAGCAACGCAUGCAUCUCCGUGACAGCUUCUUGGCUGACCAGCUGGACCCCAUCUAUGUAGCAUACAACAUGUAAUCUUGGGCAUGCAGGUCACAGCGCUGAUUACAGACUUCGCAGGGACCAGGGACA